AUGGGCCCACUAGUGGCCCUAUGCCAAAGCCUUGCUAUGCUGCACUUGCCGCUGGUCGCCCUCGGCGGGUGUGUGGAGGUGACCAACUUUUCCUUCGUGAACCGCUGUAGCGCAGACGUGAUUCUCAAAGACUGGAAUGUCGUCGUGCCAACAAAUACAUCCCAACAGGUGAUGGAGUUAAGAACUUCGGGCUUGCAGAGGAUCUCCUGGCGUUAUGUUGACGGCCCAUGGGACACAGACUUUAUCGAGUUGAAUGGAGACUGGAAAGGGGUUGGCACCCCUUUCUGCGGCCAUCCAAAUUUUGCUUCAUGGGCAGGCUUCUCGAUGUCCAGCAGGUACGAGGCACUUCUGCCUGGUGAAGAGGGCGGAGAGCGCUUCGCGUGUGCCGAUCCCGGCGCAGAGCUGACAUUUUCAAUCUCUAGUUGCCCGUCAGCGCCCACAUCACGUUAUUAUUGUGAUUUCUUCGCCACCCAAGCCAGCAUUAGAAAUUGCAGCAGUGGUUUUGCCAUCUACAUGCAGGAGCGCUCCUGGGCUUUAAAUCCAGAUGGCAGUCGAUCGCGAACUUACAAUGCAACAAGGAAUAUCAUCAACUACUGGUGUGCUCCAGAAUCAUCAAACUGGCUCGGAUGGGGUGUGGGCUCCUUCAUUGAUUGCACACAGCGAGGGGCGCCGAUUCAUCUCCGUGUUACAACUUGCAUCGACUGA